UGGGCAAAGGGCAUCGAGCAGUUACCCGUGCGCUGGGAACAUUUCAUAGACAACAAUGGUCAUUACACUGUAGACUGAAAUUGCAUUUCAAUAAAGUUAUACAAUUUUGAAAAAUUUGCGCAGUGUUGCAAGACUUUCUUUCCAACCCAAUACUUAAUGUAGAACUUCUUCGGUGUUGCAUCGCAUGCCGACGCUAGAUAAACCAAUCGCAACUAUAACGCUGUUAAGUUGAAUUAGUUGCGGUCCAUCGUUACGCCACCGCUUCCGUUGCUCAUCACUACACACGACGGCCCACAACCCGAGCAGUGAUCGAUCGAAGACGAUACCCUUGCGCGUAUCGGUACGAGGGAUCGAUGGGAACGAAAAUGUUUUUGUUUUUUUUCCUCUCAGACGUCGUAUUUGAUAGUGGACAACAUGUUCUCCGUGACGCCAGAGCUCCAACCGGACCUGUACUGGACGGUGUCCGUGCCCGAAAACCUGCCGUACACGGCAUGCACGGCCCACCUGCGAAAGGAACCGCCCAGCCCCUCCACGGCCCACAUCGCCUCACACGUUUCCGUCUCGUCCCGCAGCCUUUACGAGAGCAUAUACCAGAGCAUAUCGGACGACUACCAGACGAUUCAACCGCUCGGGACGAAAGCGCCGAAUCGGAGCAUUUAUCAGACCCUACGGAGCAGGUCCAGCAAUCUUUUCCGCUCUCUCAUGCGGAAAAAAGCUCCAACCGCACUGGUGCAUGCCCACUGUGAAACUCCGAGAGAGGAGAGGGUCAAGGGAAAGGAGCCGGUGACGGGAAAGACACCCGGCGAGGACGGGGCCGCGUCUGCGAGCCUCAACCGCCGCAAUCAAGCGACAUCGGUGGAAGAACGGAUAUUUUUCGUCUGAUCGGGAGACUGGGAUCACUCGAGCUCUGGCUCGAGGGUUGCGCCGAUUCUGCUUCUCCAUCACGUCACUGAGUCUAAUAACAUUUUGUCGUCCCGAAUUUUUGCUCCAAAUGAGUAUAUCCUCGAUGCUGACAAAUGAACGAGCUAAUACGUCCUCACCUCCAGGCGCUCGCUUUCGAAUAAAAAAAAAUAUUCCUAGAGAAACAAGUCUCGGAACGAAAUGGACUAAUGGACAAGCUGUUGUCCAUUGGGGAAUUGCAUCAUUGACGACUGCAAACUCGGUCAACAAAGGGGUCCAGUUCAGUUGAAUCGUUCGUUUCUUCAUGAAGAUUUUUUGUGAGCAAUAUAAGUUUGUUUUGAGUUCAAAUGAGAUAUGAAACAGAUUAAAGGCCCUUUCUCCAGGAGUCGGGC